AUGUUGCUUUCGAGCUCCGAGUCGAGCAUUUUCAGCGAUACUGAUUAUGAUGUUAGCAGUGAGGACGAGUGCAACUAUAGCAACACAGAUGAAAAGAUAAAAAAUGUGAAAUACUUCCAUAAAAAAAUAAUCAAACUGUUUUUAAAAAAUAGAAAAUAUUAUGAACAAAUAAAAAAAAUUGCACUUAGCUAUAUUAGCAAAAUAGAAGACAUCCAAUUUUCGAAUAUUCAAAACAAUGAACAACAGGGAAGCAAUGAGCACAUAUACAAUUUUUAUUUUGACCCCUACGAUGCGAUUCAGCAUGGGGAAAACAAAUUAAUAUAUUACAUGCAGAAUAGCUUCCACAAGUUUAUUGAUGUUAUGAACAAUUACUCAAUUCCUUUUUUCUUUCGACUUAUCUUCCUGAGUUGCUAUUUCGAGUUUUUGUAUAGCAGAGAGGUAAAACAGGACGUAGGGGACAGCGACUUUGGCAAGGGGAGAAACCAUUCGCCUACCAGUCAUGUGGACAAUCGGGGGGAAGCUACGAAUGCCCAGUGGGGAUAUACAGAUGGUGGCGCUGCACAUGGGUACGGAGAUAUCUUGAAGAAGGGGGAGCAUGACGAAGCGACAGGGAGGGAUAGCGUAGGAGAAGAGCCGAACGCGGGUACCAAGUGUGGAAGCUUAACGGAGGAGAAUAAGAAUGAGAAGGGAAAAUGUCAAAAUGGAAGCACGCCCUUAAAGUCGGAUGAGAAAGGGGGCGCAAAACAGGGAGGAGAAAAAGGUGAAGAAGAACUCUCCCCCUACAAUUUCAUAGUCUACAAUUUCAGCAAAGACAAAAUGGUUAUGGAAGAAAUCGACAUGUACAGCUCAUGUCUGAUAAAAGGAAUUUUGUACUCAUACAAAGAUUAUUCCUUUUUAAAAGAUGAAAAUACAAAAGCCAAAAUAAAUAAUUGCUUGAAAAUGAUAUUCGACAAACAAAAUAUAAAAAUUAUAUGUCGAGUGGAAAACGUGCCCUACCUGCAUGAUAUACAUAUUAGCUAUUUGCAAGAAAUACGAAAUAAGCACAUUGGGAAAUUCAUAAGUACAGAGGGGAUAAUAACCCGAGUGGGAGAAAAAAAAAUAUUAGAGGAAUGCAAAAAGUAUAGGUGUACCAAGUGUGAUAAAAUAAUUAAAAAAAAAGCCAUCCCUGAGUUGUAUUAUAACACGCAAAUGGUGUUUAAGUGCCCCUAUUCCCAAAUCAACCCUAACAUACCCCCCUCUUCCUCUUCUUCUUCUAAAAACAAUUUGGUAAGCAAAGAAGUAAGCAUAAGAAGGAAAUAUAUGAAUAAAGACAUGGGAAAAGAAAGUAGGACGGGGAAAGCAGGGUCAUAUAUUAAUAACGGCUCCAAGUUUUUUAAGAAAAAUCGUUUUUACGGCUAUGCUAAUUAUAGGUCAAGGGGUUAUUAUGGCAACAAGCGUAGUAGCAAAUGGAAUUUCUCCUACAGAGCAAAAUAUUAUAAUAAAAAUACAUACAGUGGAAAUAAAUGUAAUGGCACAAAUUUCGAAUUCUUAGAGAAUGAAGUUAAAAGAGUAGACUACCAAGAAAUAAGAAUAAAAGAAACGAGUAAAACGAAUAUCCCCUAUUCCGUGACGGUAGUCCUUUUGGAAAAUUUAGCUGGGAAAUAUCACCCGGGAAAAAAAGUAAUUAUAAAUGGCAUUAUUUUAAGGAGGUGGAAGAAAUUGUAUAAAGACAUUAGGUGUGAAUCGGAGCUGUUUAUCGAAGCAAAUAAUGUUCAAAUUAAACAAGUGGAAGGUUCAAGGGGUAAGGAGGUAGCACUGGACGACGAGUUCGCCAAGUGUAUAAAUGCCCUAACGAAUGAGGCGCAGGGGAGAAGUAGCGGGGUGAUUACUGUGGAGGGAGAUCGUGCUACAGGCAAGGCAAGGAACACUAAUGUGAAUGAUAAUCUUGGGGGUGACCCCGAGGGGAACCCCACAUAUGACGAAAAGGGAAGGCCCAUAAGAUCAGCGCAUGUGGGGAGUGGCUACUGUAUGGGACAAAAUUCGGAGCAGCAGCGGGAGCAGCUGGAACAGCCGCAGGAGCAGCAGCAGCGGCAGGAGGAGGAAUGUGCAAAGAACCCACCAUGUGGUAGCAACGUGAACAGAAUAAAAAACAAUCUGAGCGAAAAUGUGACGGAUGUAAAGAUGGACGUCCCAGAAAGGACCCUGUUUGAAAAAUAUUGGCUCCUCUUCAAAAAGAAUAAAUUCGAAGGAAAGAGACACCUCUGUGAUAGUAUGUGCCCCAACUUGUACAAUUGCAAAAUGUCCAAGAUAGCGGUGCUGCUGGUGCUAAUAGGGGGGAACAAAAUAAAUGAGUCUGAUUCCUUCUACAAUGAAAAUAAUAAGUGGAAAAAAUAUUUCAACCGCAGCAAUGAAGAGGCAGGCACAGCGAGUGGCGGCCAUAGCGACGAAGACGAAGACGAAGACGACGGUGAUGAAGAGGUGGAUGAAGACGAUGAUGAGGAGGUGGACGAGGACGAAGAAGAUAACCCCUCCAGUUGCGAAAACAGACGUGUGAGGAAAGCGAAGAACAGAAAAUGGCGUAACGCCAAGGAGGGAGGACGCACAAGUCACGGACACGAAAAUGCAGCCAGGAGAAGACGCAGAGGGGGAAAAACAAAGCACAGGAAGGGUAGAGGAAAUAAUUUCUCGUCUGACAAUUGCGACAAGAGAACCUUGUGCCAUUUGUUACUCGUGGGAGACCCAGGCACAGGAAAAUCACAGCUACUCAAAGAAGUACAAAAAAUAAGCAGCAUUUGUACUAACGUGUCCGGUAUGUUUUGUACCACUGCUGGCUUAACUUGCGCAGCCAUAAAAGAGGGGAACAAUUUUAUGCUAGAAAGUGGAGCCCUAGUUUUAGCAGAUAAUGGAGUUUGUUGCAUUGACGAAUUUUGUCUAAUGAAGAAUGAAAAUAAAAAUGCUAUUCAUGAAGCCAUGGAACAACUAACCAUUUCAGUAGCCAAGGGGGGCAUCGUGGAUAAAUUACAUUGUAGGUGCACUAUUAUCGGUGCAUCUAAUUUCGAGUUACAUAAAACGGCUACGGGAAAUUUAGCUUCCUGUGAGGAUAAGGUUCUCACUAUUAACCUCUCGUACCCGCUCCUAAGCAGAUUCGACAUGGUUGUCAUAACAGAGGACAAUAAUGAAAUUGAUUCGAAGGUUGCUGAUUAUGUGUUGUCACAGGAUGUGCGGUCUGGUUGUGCUGGUACCGGUGGUUUAGUGAAGAAGGGGACAACCUUAUGUCGCCGCUCUGUGCAGGACGGGGGGUGGUGGGGUUCGUACACGCUUGAUGGGGGAAGCGUCCAAAAGAGCCCGACUAAAAUGACUAAUGAAAGGCGCUUCGCGAAAGAAGCACAACAUGCAAAUUUCCCUGAAGAGGAGGAAGGGUGGACCGGAGGACACGCCUUCAAAAUGCCUCAAACAGAAGGCACCAAAAUUGUGUGGUCUUGCGAAAAGCUCAAGGAAUAUAUUUACUACGUGAAGAAUAAUUGCUCUCCAAAUUUUAAUAAAAACUCAAAGCUAAUUUUAAUUACAUACUAUUCCAUGUUACGCAAGCAUAAUGACGGUGAUAACGGAACGACCGUUAGGACGCUAGAAAGUUUAAUACGGCUAAGUGAGGCGCAUUCGAAAAUGAUGCACAGCGACACGGUGUCCUCUGACGAUGUGAUUAAUAUCGUGUUGUUAUCAGAGCUAAGUUUGCGUGGGUAUAAAAUAGCCGCCAAAACGAACUCCAAUAAUAUUCUUAUAGCUAGGUCGGGUAUACUGGACAACCUCAGCGACUCGCUGCUCUUUUAUAAUAAUAUACACAGCACACUUUACUCCUUGGACGAUGUGUUAUUCUAUGAGUCGUUAUACAAUUAUUUUAAAAAGCUCCUUUUGGAGAAGCUCAAUUUGAUAGAGCGCGGCGGGGAGAUCCACACCAUGGCUCUGUAA